AUGAAAAUUUUAAUAGUUAAUGGGUAUGGAAAAUGUAUUAAGGGGUUCAGGAGCGCAGAACAUUAUAAGCAAAUAAUAAAAGAAGUAUUGACAGGCAAAAAAGAAAUGAUCGACACAGAAUUAGAAUUCUUCUUUGCUGAUCGUGAUUCAAUUGAUGACUUUCUUUAUGAAAUUGACAGUUCUUUUGUGAGAGUUGAAUGUGGUAAAAUGUUUGAUUCAAUCGACUUAAUCUUCUUUGAAGGUGAUGCAAAUCUUAGACCUUGGUCUCCUAAUGCUUACAAGUACUUGAUUUUGUUAAGGAUGUGCAUGAGAAGUAAUAAGAUUCUAUUUGCAUCAUCAUUUGCCAUGCAAGGCUUAGUGUUUUUGAUUGCGUCUAAUGUCGAAUGUUAAUUCUCAGUCAUCAAUGGACUCAAUGGUGGAUAAUUGGGAGAUCUCUCCAAAAUCAAGAAAUCUCUUACUGAAAUCAGAAUGAAUGAUUACUUUCUUGAUAAUGUAACUGGUGAUUUAUACAGUUUUAAUUAUGAUACAGGAGAAUGGGUCAGUAAAGGAAAUGCUGGGUUGCAUAGUAGAAGAGCUGCUGAAGAAUUUAAGACUAUUGGCAAGUAUAUUGUUAAGGCACCACAAUACAAGGUAUAAAGAAUGAAAGAAAUCGAUUAACCUUACAUUUCCAAAGAAAAUGAAAUUGUUUGUUCUUUAAGAAAGAAUUCCAUGCAUAAUUAUCUAUUUAAUGGUUUGCCUUUUGAAUUUGUGGUUCCAUUUAAGAAUUCUUGGGAUGUUCAUCCGUUUAAUUUUGUCAACCCAAAGAAGACAUUCCAAACAAUGGCUGAUUGUGAAAAAGGACCCCUUGUGAUUUAAGUUACAGACAAUAUUGUAGCCACUCAAUUCUCAAUACGUUCUAAGUAUAAGGAAACAGUUCAAAUUAUGCGUAAUUUUAUGGGAUAUUAAUUAACAAAAUUAUGUUCUGGUAGAGCAUAAACAAUUCCGAUUGAAAUUGCUUCGAUUAAGUAGAAUGAUAAUGCCAUGGAUAUUUAUUUGGAACAUUUAGGUCGUAGUAAAUAUCAUAACUAAAAAACAAUUAAAUUUAAUGUUAUUACAGAAUUUCAUCAUGCAGGAUUUGCAGCUAAGAAAUCUAAUCAAUUAGAUGUUGUUGUGAAUAAUGCAAUUGGAAAACGAAAAUUUAAAUAGACAAUUCAAAAGUUAAAUGCAAAAGACUUGGAUAGAUUAUUAGAUUAAAAUUCUUCCCUUCCAAAUCAAACUUUCUAAAAUGAUUAAGAUCGUUAACCAAGCAUCUAUAGUUCGUAACCAUAACAUAAUGUUGAGGAUUAGCCACAGGUAUUCAAUAAGACAGGUGCAGAGAUUAUUUAAUUUCUACAUCCAUCUAUUGAUAAAUCUCUAUUUCACGAAUCAAAACCUCUUUGGGUUCCUGGCUAUUUGUCUCAAAGUCGAUUAUAAAAGAGUUAAUUGAAAUAAAAGUAGAAUACCGCAGGUGAUGAGGGUUAAUCAACCCCUUUUUUGACAGAACAAAAGCAGAUUACUACUCCUAGGUUACCGAGAACAGCUUCAUAGCCUCAUUUUAGAGUAAUCUAAAAGGAUAAAUGGAUAACAAAUAAGAAUUUUUAAGUUUGA